UAAAUUUCAGGGUUUAGUUGUACCUGUAAAAUGCAGAGAGGUAGAGGAGGAAAUGAUUUAUUUGAUUUCGGUGAUCCUUUCGCUGGGUUUGGCGGUUUCGGUGGCCAAAGAAAUUUAAUACCUAACCUUUUCGGGGGAAGAGACCCAUUCGAUGACCCUUUCUUUAAUCGCCCAUUUGGUGGCAUGUUUGGCCCCAGCAUGUUCGGCCCCAGCAUGUUCGGUCCCAGUAUGUUCGGCCAAAGAGGGAGCUUCUUUGGAGAUUCUCCUGCAUCUGGGUUUAUCGAGCAUGAACCACCUCAGGCCAAUAAAUCAGAAGGGCUAGUUAUCAAGGAGUUAAACUCUGAUGAUGAGGAGGUAGACGAAGAGGAUGAAAAACUGAAAGCUUCCAAAGAGAAGAUAGAAAAUCCAAGGAAACAUUCUAGGUCGAGUAAAGGGCCAUAUGUUGACGACCAAGAUGAUGAAGCCGAAGGGAGAAGGAGCAAACAAAUGCAACAUAGGAAUGAUUAUAACAGGGCUGAUGGAGCACAGCCUCAGGCUCGUAGUUUCAGCUUUCAGAGUUCAACUGUUACUUAUGGUGGUGUCGAUGGAGCAUACUAUACUUCCUCCACAACCAGGAGGGCUGGCAGUGAUGGAGUGACGUUAGAAGAGAGCAAAGAAGCAGAUACAGCAACAGGUCGAGCGGCACACAGGGUGUCUAGAGGACUUCACGAUAAGGGUCAUUCAGUUAUGAGGAAGCUUGAUUCAGAUGGUAAGGUGGACACCAUGCAGACCUUGCACAAUUUGAAUGAAGAUGAACUUGCGGGUUUUGAGGAAUCUUGGAAAGGGAAUGCUAUAAAGCACUUGCCUGGAUGGAGCGAUGGGUUCAAUAUGCACGCAAAUAUAGGGACUACCAGCAGUGGACCAAAUGGUCAGGCAACUAAUGGUGGAUGGGCUCUUCCAUCAACAGGGCAGCAGCAACCUCGAGGUUCUGAGAGGAUGGAGUUUGAUGAUGGGUUCAGGCCAAGCACCUCCACCUCCAAGGGAAGAGCUAAGUCAUCCAGGAGGAUUAAUAUAGAUUAAACGAGGAUUCGAGAAGUGGGUAAUUUCUCUGUGAGAAGUUUCC